CCACUGCUCCGGGCUCCGGGAGCCGGAGCUGCAGCCGCCUGACUAUGGAGUCCCCGGUCCAGAUCUUCCGCGGGGAGCCGAGCCCCACCUGCUCCCCGAGCACCUGCCUGCUCCCAAACGGCAGCUGGCUGCCUGACUGGGCCGAGGCGGACCGCAACAGCAGCGGGGGCUCCGAGGGCGCGCAGCUGGAGUCCGCGCACAUCUCUCCCGCCAUCCCGGUCAUCAUCACGGCGGUCUACUCGGUGGUGUUCGUCGUGGGCUUGGUGGGCAACUCUCUGGUCAUGUUCGUGAUCAUCCGAUACACAAAGAUGAAGACAGCAACCAACAUUUAUAUAUUUAACUUGGCGUUGGCAGAUGCUUUGGUUACUACAACCAUGCCCUUCCAGAGCACAGUCUAUCUGAUGAAUUCGUGGCCAUUUGGGGAUGUGCUGUGCAAGAUAGUCAUUUCCAUUGACUACUAUAACAUGUUUACCAGCAUAUUCACCUUGACCAUGAUGAGUGUGGACCGAUACAUUGCUGUGUGCCACCCUGUCAAAGCUUUAGACUUCCGCACCCCUAUGAAGGCAAAGAUCAUUAACAUCUGUAUUUGGCUCUUAUCAUCAUCUGUUGGCAUAUCUGCGAUAGUCCUUGGAGGGACCAAAGUCAGGGAAGAUGUGGAUGUCAUUGAGUGCUCCUUGCAGUUCCCAGAUGAUGAUUACUCCUGGUGGGACCUCUUCAUGAAGAUCUGUGUCUUCGUCUUUGCCUUUGUGAUCCCUGUCAUCAUCAUCAUCAUCUGCUACACCCUGAUGAUCCUGCGUUUGAAGAGUGUCCGACUCCUUUCUGGCUCCAGAGAGAAAGAUCGCAACCUCCGUCGGAUCACCAGGCUGGUUCUGGUGGUGGUGGCGGUCUUUAUCAUCUGUUGGACCCCCAUUCACAUUUUCAUCCUUGUGGAGGCUCUGGGGAAUGCUUCUCACAGCACAGCUGCCCUUUCCAGCUAUUAUUUCUGCAUUGCCUUAGGUUAUACUAACAGCAGCCUGAACCCCAUUCUCUAUGCCUUUCUUGAUGAAAACUUCAAGCGAUGUUUCAGAGACUUCUGCUUUCCAAUUAAGAUGAGGAUGGAGCGACAGAGCACUAGUAGAGUCAGAAAUACAGUUCAGGAUCCUACUUACAUGAGGGAUGUUGAUGGGAUAAAUAAACCAGUAUGACUAGUCAUGGAGAUGUCUUCUUACAGUUCUUCAGGAAGAGAAGAGUUUAAUGAUCUCGGGUUAACUCAGAUUAGUACUGAAGUCUGAGAUGGAAAGGUAGAAUUUUUAACAAACUUUUAGAAAUCUCAUGGUCUGAAGUUGUAAGAUGCAGGCUGGGUUAGCCACUCAGGUCUGUGGAAGUAUCAAAGCUGUAGGGAUGGAGUAUAAAGGAUUUGAAUAAGCAAAUUCAGCCUCUUUAUAAGGCAAGGAAGCAAGGCUGACUCCCAGUUCCUUUGAUGAACAAAGAAAUAAGCCUUUUUCUUCUGAUUACCUAGAUUUAGUCCAGGACCCAUCUGCUGUGGCCUUUCUGUGCAGUGUGGUUCCAAAAGCUCUGUUUAGAAAAAAGGACAAGGAAAAAUUAUUCGUUUCAGAGCUUAGUAGAUGACCUAUCCAGAUGCUUUACAUUGACAACAACAACCUGAAAAAAAACAAGAACCAUUUCCAGGACAUGUGCCUAGCUCACUUUAUGCUAUGUGGACACACAUUUCACAUGGCUGUGUAGUGACGACUCUGGCUUAAGUAUGGCUUGGACCCACACCUGAGGUGUCUGAUGUUCAUGUAUAAUAGGAAAUUAUCUUGAUAUUUAUGAAGUUAUUUAAACAUGCAAAAGGUGAUUUCCAACAUAGUUUAAUUUCUUAAAAGGCACAGUUCGUUUCGCAGCAUGCUAUUCAGAUAAAUAAUUUCAUGAUAAAGCAUGUCCUGAUGUCAAGAAAUACAAAGUGGUUUAAAUACCACUGAAGUAUAUAUAUUUCAUCUGUAAUUAAUAGUAUACAUGCUAAUAAGGGCUGGGCUUGCCCCGCAGUCAGGCACUUUCCUGAGGACAUACUCACAAUAUCCCCUGAGUUAUUAACAAUUGAUGUGGAGACAUUUUGUGGCAACAGGAGCUUCACUCUGGGAAUUAGUCAGACA